CUUCUUCUCAGUUGUACAAGACACACUGGCUGCAUCUACUUCUUUGCUUGGUGCUGUUAAGGUAAAAUGUUAUACCAGACCAUCAUCUUUGCACUAUUAGUGAGUUCUGGAGCUGAGUGGGUACAAAUAUCCACAUUUAAUCCUAUUUUAUAUGAAGAAAAUACAGAAAUGGAGCAUGAGGAACAACUGUCACUCCAGAACACUUUUAAUCAGACUAUAAUGGCAAAGGAUGUGCAAAAAGUGGAGAAGGGGCUGUUCGGAGGGCUCAGUGAUGAAGAGAACCUGCAAAGUGAUUAUGAAAUUCUAUCACCAGAGAAUGUUUCAGACCUGGCUUUCAAAGGAAUGAAACUUAACAAUGUAAAAGCCUUCUAUGAGGAAAAAGAACAUUCCAAAAAUAGCUCUGACAUUUGGAAUAUACCUACUGAAGUUUUUCAGUCAGUGCAAAGGUCAUUAUUAUUGGGUGUAUCACAGCAGGCAAAAAAGAAGAUAGUAUUUCUGCAAGGACUUCAGAAUACAAUGCUCAGUCACAUAGAAAACAUGCUGGGCCAGCAGUGGAGCGUGAAAAGACAAGCACGCUUUGAGAAAGGAAUGGCAUUUCCUUCUAUGGAAGGAACAUUAAUGUCAAUUUCUUUUCUGAUAUUUGCUGUGUUUCUUGUGAAACUAGUACAGAAUGAAUGA